UAGAAGUAGGUGUGUGGCUUUAGCUCCGGCCAUUGCAGUAACAAGUUCUGUCUUUUGUCUCAGGGAGAAGCGCGAAGAGAUUAAAAAGAUUAGACCUUUUCGCCUUCAUGGAUUCGAAGUUGAGAAAUUUCGUGAUGGGUCUGUUUGUGAUGACUGCGAUCUUACAAGGUUCUGAUGUCGACGCGUGGACUGGCGAGAUUCGUGGUAGAGUUGUAUGUGAUGUUUGUGCUGAUUCUUCAAUCGGACCAGAAGAUCAUAUUCUUGAAGGAGCUGAGGUUGCAGUUCUCUGCAUAACCAAAUCAGGAGAAGUUGUAAACUACCAAGCUUUCACAAAUUCAAAAGGUGUCUACACAGUUGCAGAGACAAUGCCAGAGAGCGAACGCUGGGACGCGUGCCUUGCAAGACCCAUAAGCAGCUUCCACACGCCUUGCAACCGCCUACAUCAAGCCAAUACCGGAAUCAAAUUCACUUACAACCGUCCUUCGGGUUACUUCCAUGCCGUGAAACCGUUUGUGUAUCGACCCCAAUAUGCACCUUCUUACUGUUGAUUUAAAGACUCUUGGUAAAAAAGGUCCUUGUAAGUUGUAACAAUAGGAAGACUGUACUAUGUAAUAACAAAAAGUUUGGAUUUUGUAUAUUGCUAUUAUGGAUCUUCCUUAAAAUUGGUAAAUA